AAAUGGUUUUCUAAGCUGAAGUCUUCAUGAAAACAACAUUUUCAACAUGAAAGUUCUAUUUGCAGCUCUUGUUAUGCUCGUAAGCCUGACGUUGACGAAAGGCAACGCUAUAGAUAUAGGCUGGCAACUGUACUGUAAGAUGAGUAAAGAGAUGCCUGAAAGAAUGAACAAGAUAAAAGAGUGUGAUACAAAAGUUUAUGAUGAAAAGGCAGCUUGGGUUUUAGGUGCAGUUCGAGAUUGUGAAAAAAAACAAUUUCCUACAGAUAAUUUGAAUGAGUUCUUCAAUGAAAUGUGUAAAGAAGAAAGAAAAGCAGAUGUGCAGGAAAUGAAAAACUGCAUCAAUGAGAAAUUUGCAGAACAUCAAGAGGAUCCAGAAUCCACACUCACUGAAUUGAUUAACAGCUGUUUGUAAAGAUCUUCAAUGGACCAUUUAACAACUGACGAAGACUGGUAUCUACAUAUUACCUAUAAUAUAAUAAUCUGAAUCUCUCAUGGUUUCCUUUUUGGGAAGGGGAGGAUAUGUUUAACUCUCAUGUACCUUUAUCUCGAAAAUAAAACUCUUAUAAAGCAGCAAAA